AUGAGGUCUGACGAGAAUCGCCGCCCCAACUUCGGUCGGUAUGAACCUUCGCCUGAUUCUGCGGAUAUCGACAUGAAGGACGCGUCUCCAGCGCCUCCUGUCGCCUUGGGGCGACUCCAGCGGGCGUCUCCUUCGUCUGCAUCCUCGACUGCGUCGUUUGGCCACAACCGCCAGGCACUACGUGAACGUUCCACUGUCAGCUACAGAUCGACGGCCACGAGUCGCUUAAUGGCACCAACAGCGUCAUCGUUAGCGCAUCGAACAGUCUCACCUGCGUCGACUGGAUCCGUGCCGUCGUAUGCACGUCCAACAGCUAGCAGCGCUACUGGAAGGCAUCAAGCGUCGCGAAUUCCGUCAGCACCAACUAAAGCGAUGUAUGGCGGCGGUACAAGCAGGUUACGGACAGCUACAUCGAGUUCUACCGCAAGACCAACGUCAGCUAGACCUCCAUACACUGGCGCUGGUGCAUCUAGCAGAUUCCAAACCGGCUCGAGCCCUCAACCUCGUUUCGGUACUACGCGGACACAAAGCAACGCACCAACCCCACCACCGCCACGACAGUAUACUACGGAACAAACUACCCCACCAGCAGCCCCAGCGGAGAUGAUGGACUACGAGGAUCAACAAACCGAACAACAACGGGAACAGGAACAGGAGCACCCAAACCAACCGCCUAAAGCGUGGAGUUUGAGCGAUUUCGAGAUUGGUCGUGAACUGGGAACGGGAAAGUUUGGUCAAGUGUACCUUGCGCGUGAGAAAAGCUCGCGAAUGUAUGUGGCCCUGAAAGUGCUAGUGAAGGAGCAACUUAAGGCUGCGGGUGUAUCUCACCAAUUGCGAAAGGAAGUGGAGAUUCACUCCCGUAUUCGACACGAAAAUAUCCUGCCCCUGUUUGCCACUUUUCAAGACGCCACACGAGUUUACUUGGUAAUGAAAUAUGCUGGAGGUGGUGACCUCUACAAGAAAAUGCGUUCUAUGCCCGGACGACGGUUUCCUGAACGCCAAGCAAUGCUGUACACCGCCCAGCUUGUCAGGUAG